AUGAAAAGAAGCGGAUGCCCUAAAAAGUGGCGCUGGAUGGGAGAAAUGGAUGGAACCCCUGGACCGUGGGAAGUACCAGAAACCCUGGACCGUGGGAAAGUACCAGAAACCCUGGACUGUGGGGAAGUACCAGAAACCCUGGACCGUGGGAAGUACCAGAAACCCUGGACCGUGGGAAGUACCAGAAACCCUGGACCGUGGGAAGUACCAGAAAACCGUGGACCGUGGGAAGUACCAGAAACCCUGGACCGUGGUACCAGAAACCGUGGACCGUGGGAAGUACCAGACCAAACCGUGGACGUGGGACCAGUACCAGAAACCGUGGACCGUGGGAAGUACCAGAAACCGUGGACCGUGGGAAGUACCAGAAAACCUGGACCGUGGGACAAGUACCAGAAACCCUGGACCGUGGGAGAAGUAACAGAAAACACUGGGAAGUACCAGACCGUGGGAAGUACCAGAAACCGUGGACCGUGGGAAGUACCAGAAACCCUGGACCGUGGGAAGUACCAGAAACCCUGGACCGUGGGAAGUACCAGAAACCCUGGACCGUGGGAAGUACCAGAAACCCUGGACCGUGGGAAGUACCAGAAACCCUGGACCGUGGGAAGUACCAGAAACCGUGGACCGUGGGAAGUACCAGAAACCCUGGACCAUGGGAAGUACCAGAAACCCUGGACCGUGGGAAGUACCAGAAACCCUGGACCGUGGGAAGUACCAGAAACCUCAGACCGUGGGAAGUACCAGAAACCCUGGACCGUGGGAAGUACCAGAAACCCUGGACCGUGGGAAGUACCAGAAACCCUGGACCGUGGGAAGUACCAGAAACCUCAGACCGUUGAAAGUACCAGAAACCUCAGACCGUGGGAAGUACCAGAAACCUCAGACCGUGGAAAGUACCAGAAACCUCAGACUGUGGGAAGUACCAGAAACCCUGGACCGUGGGAAGUACCAGAAACCUCAGACCGUGGGAAGUACCAGAAACCUCAGACCGUGGGAAGUACCAGAAACCUCAGACCGUGGGAAGUACCAGAAACCUCAGACCGUGGGAAGUACCAGAAACCCUGGACCGUGGGAAGUACCAGAAACCUCAGACCGUGGGAAGUACCAGAAACCUCAGACCGUGGGAAGUACCAGAAACCCUGGAUCGUGGGAAGUACCAGAAACCUCAGACCGUGGGAAGUACCAGAAACCUCAGACCGUGGGAAGUACCAGAAACCUCAGACCGUGGGAAGUACCAGAAACCUCAGACCGUGGGAAGUACCAGAAACCCUGGACCGUGGGAAGUACCAGAAACCCUGGACCGUGGGAAGUACCACAAACCUCAGACCGUGGGAAGUACCAGAAACCCUGGACCGUGGGAAGUACCAGAAACCUCAGACCGUGGGAAGUACCAGAAACCUCAGACCGUGGGAAGUACCAGAAACCUCAGACCGUGGGAAGUACCAGAAACCCUGGACCGUGGGAAGUACCAGAAACCUCAGACCGUGGGAAGUACCAGAAACCCUGAACCGUGGGAAGUACCAGAAACCUCAGACCGUGGGAAGUACCAGAAACCUCAGACCGUGGGAAGUACCAGAAACCUCAGACCGUGGGAAGUACCAGAAACCCUGGACCGUGGGAAGUACCAGAAACCCUGGACCGUGGGAAGUACCAGAAACCCUGGACCGUGGGAAGUACCAGAAACCCUGGACCGUGGGAAGUACCAGAAACCCUGGACCGUGGGAAGUACCAGAAACCCUGGACCGUGGGAAGUACCAGAAACCCUGGACCGUGGGAAGUACCAGAAACCUCAGACCGUGGGAAGUACCAGAAACCUCAGACCGUGGGAAGUACCAGAAACCUCAGACCGUGGGAAGUACCAGAAACCCUGGACCGUGGGAAGUACCAGAAACCUCAGACCGUGGGAAGUACCAGAAACCCUGA